AUCUGUUCACCCACCGUCUACUAGAUCGACUGCACAUAGCUCGGAAAUUCUGAAUAGCUCUGUUGGCUUCAGUACAGCUUGCUCGCUGGAAUAAAUCGUCAAUAUUGCCUUUGAAAUAGCCAGUUUCUGCCACACCCAGGCAAGCUAAGCUUAAGAGCACCAACAGCGAGCCCUCUCUCGACGGCCGACCACGAUUCACAAAGCGUCCUCGUCAGGUUCUUCGCAUUCUGCUGCCCGAUAUGACAUGCACACAUCAUCCACCGGCAACAUGCCUCAGCGCACCGGCCAUCGUGUGCAUGCAUGGUUGUGCGUAGAGCUGCGGCGGCCAUCUAUCCGUACAGGGCGCACCCAUGUCGUCGGACGCCACAGGCUUUGCGUCACUCGUGCAGUGAAAUGCAUCGCUUGAAGCGAACGUCGAACGUCUUGCGCAUUACUCAAGCGUCCAGCGGAAGGAGGUGUAGGGACAGUGAGUUGGGCAAGGGGUGCUUGCGUGAGGGCUCGGUCCCCUUGGUUUUGGUGAGUACUGCUCAUGUGUGCAGACAUCGCCCGUUUAUAACGUCUUCUAGAGGUAAUCGCGAAGCAUUUGUCGGCAGAGAUAGUGUUGCGCUCGCCUAGAGCACGCUGCGUCGUAUGAGCGAGAUUAUGGAACAAGCUUAGAACGCGAUGUAGAAGAGACUUGCUAAGGUCCAGGGCUGGUUCAUUGUGAUAUGUGGUGUACGGUGGCUCUCAAUCAAUCCUUCUCCGUACCUUGC